ACCAGCCCAGCACUUGCACCUGCCUACUACCCUUCCGUCGCCCUGCCAAAAAGCUCGCACCGUUACUUGACAUUGCGGCAAGGAAAACCGUCCAUCACCAGCUGCAACCACAGCCACAAACAUGGACAUUGACGAUAACGAUGACGAUUUUUAUGCACCUGAGGAGCCUGCAGCCCCUGCAGCCCCCGCAACCCAGCCAGAUGGCGCCGCGACAGCAGCCAGCGCCGUCGCGGAGCCCCAGCCCAAGUCUGACCCGGACGAGGACCUCGAGGAGGGCGAAGAGGAAGACGAGGGUGGCGCCAUGGACGAGGACGACUCGUCUGAUGAUAGCAUGGUGAUCAUCACAGAAAGGAAGGACGGAACCUCCGCGGGGCCACCAUCACAAUCCCGAUACAGCAAUAUCAAGGAUAUUCCUCAGCGCUCAAUAUCCAACGACACCACAACGAAAGCCCCUCCAAAAAAGCCAGAUUCCCCUACCGCGCGCAAACAACCCAGCGGCGCCGAUCUUCCCGCUGUCAGGACCUCGACCCUUGACAUCAAUGCCAUUCCCAACCACAAGCCCACUGGCAAGCCCCUCACACAGGUCAACAUCGACGAGGACCUGGCCGAGCACGACAAGCCGUGGCGGAGACCCGGCACCGAUCUGUCCGAUUAUUUCAACUACGGGUUCGAUGAGUUCACCUGGGCCCUGUACGCCUCCAAGCAAGGGGCCAUGAGGCAGGAGUUCAAUUCCGACACCAUCGCCGCCAACAACAAGAAGAUGAUGGAGGACAUGCAGAACAUGAUGAUGAUGGGCAUGCCGGGCAUGCCGGGCAUGAUGCCUGGCGCCGCAGGAGGUGGUCAGGGCGCUUCAGGCCAGGGCGGGCCUCCUGGCGGCAUGCCGGGCAUGGAGGGGAUGCCGCCCGAGAUGCAGCAGAUGAUGCAGCAGAUGAUGGCUGGUGGCGGCAUGGAUCCCAGCCAGAUGGACCCCUCUGCCAUGGGCGCCAUGUUUGCCGGUAUGCAAAACGCCGGCGGUCAACAGGGCCAAGGUGGUCAGCCACAGAGCUUUGGUGGGGGCAAUUUUGGUGCCAACCAAGGCCAAGGCUUUGGUUAUGAUCAAGGAGGUAUGGGCGGCGGUGGCAACCGGGGGGGCUUCAAUCGCGGUCGUGGAGGUCGGCAGCGGUACUAGAGGCGUGGUCCCACGUCCUGAGCGGCGACUGGGGCCGGCGCGAUGCUGAGCUUGAACGUCGGCCCCCCGGCCCCCGCGUGAUUCUCGGAUGUUGAAAGAUUAAGGGGGGAAUUCAACAACGCAGGCACACUGGACUUUUGUUGGAUCUGCCUAAGCCCAGGCAGGUAUGCUGACCGUCACGAUAAGCCAUAGCCUGGCCGGCUGGUGCGCGCUGGCCGAUUUUGAUGCAGUAAAAGGAAACAUAUACCCUGGGGCGGGAUCGUGGCCUGGUCGCCAUAGACGGGCCCGUUGGAAUGAAUUGAAUCAACGGAAGUGCCUGCGAGGUAGCUAUACGGGGAAGUUGAAUCCUAAUGAGUUACAAAACGAAAGGCGUAGUUCCAAAGCCGCCGCCCCAUCCCUCCCUUGAGAGAUCCUUUUCCCCAUACAAAUGCAAGGUCAGUGGCUUCGGGCAGUACAUAGUGAUUGCCCUUUUUUCCAUUAUUGUCUGUGUAAAACUCUAUUCCCUUGGGUGAAAGGCCAAUCUUUGGCUCAGUUGCAUUGUCA